AUGGCGGGGAUUCAGAUGCUACCAUACGGCGACGUCGAUUCCAAAUUGAGGGACAUGGCCGGCCGCGCCGAGGGUUUCGGCCGCCACGCAAUCGGCGGCCUCCACGGUUCUCUCUAUCUCGUCACCACACUCGCAGAUGAUGGUCCUGGGUCCCUUCGUGAGGGAUGUCGUAGAGUUGAACCGUUAUGGAUUGUUUUUGAGGUUUCUGGCACGAUUCAUUUGUCGUCGUUCCUGAGUGUGUCAUCGUAUAAGACAAUAGAUGGGAGAGGACAGAGGGUGAAGUUGACUGGGAAGGGUUUGAGACUGAAGGAAUGUGAGCACAUCAUCGUGUGCAACCUUGAGUUUGAGGGUGGUAGGGGUCAUGAUGUUGAUGGUAUUCAAAUCAAACCAAAUUCUAGGCAUAUAUGGAUCGAUCGAUGCAGCCUUCGUGAUUACGACGAUGGCCUUAUAGACAUUACAAGACAAAGCACAGACAUCACCGUGUCUAGGUGUUGCUUUGGGCAGCAUGACAAGACCAUGCUCAUUGGAGCUGACCCGACUCACGUUGGUGAUAGAUGCAUCCGGGUGACCAUUCACCACUGUUUCUUUGAUGGAACACGCCAAAGACAACCUCGUGUGAGAUUUGGAAAAGUUCAUCUGUACAACAAUUACACCAGAAACUGGGGCAUAUAUGCUGUUUGUGCUAGUGUGGAAUCCCAGAUAUACUCUCAAUGUAACAUAUAUGAAGCGGGAACUAAGAAAAAGACCUUUGAAUUUUAUUCCGAGAAGGCGGCAGAUAAGGAAGAGCAAAAGUCUGGCUUCAUAGUAUCCGAAGGAGACAUGUUUCUGAAUGGUGCUCAGCCAUGCUUGCUUACAGAAAACAAAGAAGUGUCCAUGUUCCAUCCUAGCGAAUAUUACCCAACAUGGACAAUGGAACCUGCUGCACAUUCUCUCAGAGAGGUCCUCCAAUUGUGUGCAGGUUGGCAAUCCAUUUGUAGGCCAGUAGAUCGAAUGGUUCCUAAUUAA